UGCUUGUUUGUUUAUUUUAAUACUUGCGCAUACUAAAUUUAGUAGUACGUCCAUUCAUAAGUAUCGAGAACUGGAAUUGGUGUUUACAAGAUACCUUUUAGCUUCAGUAGAUGACGUAAAAUCUCCUACUCCUUCCGUUACUUUUUUCCAUCAUACAACACAUUAGGGUGGGGUCUACGAGUCUCACAUUCCUCUGAUUCUGGCCUCAGUGUUAAAAAAGACCGCGUAAAGAUAUACAGCAACUACAUAUGAUUUAAAGUAUAAUACAGUCUACCGCGAGUGUCACAUGUGUUUCAAUAUACACUGUCAUUAAAAUAUAUUAAAUGUGAAUAUGUGAUGCUGAUAAAAGUUUUUUAUCAUUAAAAAAAAAAAAAACCAUGGAUCCAAAGUGUAUUUUUUUGAUACUUUUAAAUACUUACCUAUCGUUAGCAACUAAACCAGACUUAUCACCCUAUCGUGAUGAAAUUCAUUUAAAUGAGCAUAUGCCAUUAGAAAUAAACUGUACAUACUUUGAAAAUGUAUCAUUUAUUUAUCCUAGAAAUACAACACCCAAUAUUGUCACAUCACAAGUUGAAAUUUUACAUUACGAUGAAGGAUACGUACAUAAUGUAGUAUUAAAAAGACCAGAGACAAUUUAUGGUGACACUGGUUGGUAUGGUUGUCUUGAUUCUAAUAAAAAUUAUCUACUCAAUGAUCUAGACGAUAUUGAAAUCACACCUGAUACUCUAACUGACGAAGACGUUAGAUGGCUGUACGUUUUUGUUAAAUCAACUGAAAAUUAUUUUGUCGAGGACAUAAAUUCAGUUGACAAUUUGCGUGAAGAAGCCGGUGAUGAUAUUGUUUUAGGAUGUCGUCCAACUUCUCCGGAGUAUAAUAUUAAAUUACUUCAGGACGGACAAGAAGUUGAAAUUAAAAAGGAUGGACGAGUGACAUUUGAUGUGAAAAAAGGAUUUACUAUUAAAAAUGCUACUAUUAAAGACUCAGCAUAUUAUCAGUGUAUUCAUGAAGAAUCGCAGCAAGAAAUAGUUUAUUAUCUUCAUGUUACAAGAAGGAUAUUGAGUGUGAAUAAGCCGGUGAUACAACAACCGUCUCAUCGUAUAGUUCUUGGUGAAGAACUUCGAUUAAAUUGUACCAUUGAUAUUGAACGCGAUUUGACGUAUUUACUUCAUUGGACAACGCCACAGCAGAGCGAUCGAGAAUCAACGAAAUUUUAUCGAGAUGAUCGUGUUGGCAGUAACAUGAUGCGUGUUGUAAAGGAAUUAGUUAUUAAAAAUAUAGAUACUGGUGAUGAGGGUGAAUACGUCUGUAAUAUUUCAACGCACUCAAAGUCCAAUCAUACUACGAUAAAUAUAACGUUACAUGAUCCCAAUAUAAAAUAUAUAAAUUUAUCAGUACCACAUAAUGAGACAAAUUUUACAAAAAAAGAAGGUGAUAGUGUUACAUGGGUGAUUAAUUUCGAUGCAUUUCCAACGCCUGAAAUAGAAUGGCUUGCACCAUCAGAUAAAGAGCUAAUGAGUAAUAACUCAAACAACAAAUUUGCCAUAACAAAUACGGAAAAUAAAUCAAAAUUACAAAUAUUUAAAUUAACUCUAGAAGAUAUAGGAACUUACGUAUUUAGAGCCUAUAAUUCUGAGGAAACUAAAGAGUUACAUUUUGAUCUUGAAGUUGAAGCACAACCAUUGAUUGGUGACAUAACGGGAAUAAAUCGUUACCAUUUACCGAAUUCAAUAGCAAAAAUUGAUUGUACAGCUGUCGGAUAUCCUUUACCAAAUAUAACAUGGAAUUUUUAUGAUAAUUUUAUUAAUUACAAUGAUCACUUUCGAGGAUCCAAUGCUACACUAUCUCAAACGUUAAAUGGCGUCAUUAUAUCUGAAGAAAAAACAAAAAUAGUUUCUCAAGUGGCAUUAAUAGUUGAAACAACUGGAACAAUAACUUGUGAAGCUUGCAAUGAUCGUGGUUGUGAUUUCGUCAGUCAAACGAUAUUCGUUUCUGAUGUAUAUGAUGGGUUUGGUAUAAUAGAACCUCCAAAUGAUAUUAUUGUUGGUGAUAAUAUAAAAUUAUCUUGCGGUGCAUCAAUUUAUAACUUUACUGAACACCCUAAGUGGCUGGAUGAAGAUAAUAAUAUUAUUAAUCAAACUGAUAGACUGAUUAUUGAUAAAACUAAAACAGAAUUUACAUAUUUUUCACAUUUAAUAUUUAAAAAUGUGAGUAAAUCGGAUGCAAAACUUUAUAAAUGUACCGGAAUACUUAAUAGUGAUCAAAUACCACAAAGUGAACAUCGGCUUAGAGUUUAUGAUCCACAAGAACCGCUUAUUGUCGAUACAAAUAUGAAUCAAACAGAAAAUAUAUAUAAUACUGAUGAAGCUAGUGACACUACUAUAGUUCUUAAUUGUAAUUUUAAAGGAAUGCCGAGCCCUUCAAUUUCUUGGUGGAAGGAUAAUAUACAUAUUAAUGAAACGGAUGACGUAUAUAAAUUGAUAGACAAGAAUAGAACACUCGAAAUAGUUAAUCCGCGUGAAAAAAAUAGUGGUAAAUAUAUAUGUCGCGGAGAAAAUCGUUUUGGGAAUGAUGAAACAUAUCAAUUUAUAACGAUAAAAGGAGAAGGAAUACCUAAAAUAUUAAUUGCUGUACUUAUAUUUAUAACUGUUAUUUGUAUUAUACUUGUUAUUUAUUUCUCAAUAAAAGUUCAUCGUGAAAAGGUCAUAAGAAAACAAUUAAUGGAAGCGGGUUUAACGCACUUCGAAGAAGGUGCACUAGAAUGUUUGAAUCCGGAGCUGACGAUUGAUGAACAAGCUGAAUUGUUGCCGUACGAUAAAAAGUGGGAAUUUCCGCGGGAAAAAUUAAAAUUUGGAAAACAAUUGGGUAGUGGUGCAUUUGGUGUCGUCAUGAAAGCCGAAGCACAAGGAAUAUGUGAAAGCGAAUCUAAUACAACAGUUGCUGUAAAAAUGGUACGACGUUCUACAGAACCAACAUACAUACGCGCACUUGCUAGCGAACUUAAAAUAAUGGUACAUCUCGGUAAACAUCUCAAUGUUGUUAAUUUACUUGGGGCUUGUACUAAAAAUAUUGCAAAACGAGAAUUAUUGGUGAUUGUUGAAUACUGUCGUUUUGGUAAUUUGCAUAAUUAUUUAUUACGACAUAGAGCUGAGUUUAUAAACCAAAUUGAUACAGCAACUGGUAAAAUUGAUCUAAUGAUUGGACGCGAGUUACUUUCACGGACUGUUAGUGUCGGUAGUGGCAACAGGAUAAAAUAUGCAGCAUUAUCAUUUUCUCGUAGCAUCAGUACAAGUUCAAGCAACGGGCCAGAGUUAGUUAGUUACGCAGCUGGUAAUGAUGCUGAAAGUAUAAAUAUGUCACCGGAAGGUCCUAUUUUGAGUAAUAAUUCAGUACAACCGGGCUGGCGUUCAAAUUAUCGCGGUGAUUAUAAAGAUUAUAAUUUAAAACCAAUUUGCACACAAGAUUUAUUAUCAUGGGCAUUCCAAGUCGCUCGGGGAAUGGAAUAUUUAAGUCAACGCAAGGUUUUGCAUGGCGAUUUAGCGGCAAGAAAUAUUUUAUUAGCCGAAAAUAAUGUCGUUAAAAUAUGUGACUUUGGAUUGGCUAAAACAAUGUACAAAGAUGAUAAUUAUAAAAAACAAGGCAAUGCACCAUUACCUAUUAAGUGGAUGGCUAUUGAAUCUAUAAGAGAUAGGAUAUUUUCAACGCAAUCUGAUAUUUGGUCCUUUGGUAUUGUACUGUGGGAGUUUUUCACCCUCGCCGAGACACCGUAUCCGGGAAUGGAAGCGGAAAAACAAUUUCAAAAAUUGGUCGAGGGUUAUCGUAUGGAAAAACCUGAAUUUGCUACUGACGACGUAUAUAAAAUUAUGAAUGAUUGUUGGCGAGCUAAGCCAACUGCACGUCCAACAUUCACAGAUUUAGUUGACAGUAUUGGAAAUUUAUUAGACGAAAGUGUUAAAAUGCAUUAUGUCGAUUUAAAUACACCAUAUAUAGACAUGAAUACAGCAUUCUUUGAAAGUAAACAAAACGACUAUCUAAUGAUGAUAUCAUCACCGGAUCAUGAGUCUUUAUCAUCACCUCAUGACUAUGUCAAUUCACCAAAUAUACCAUUAAGUCCAAUGACAGAUACAUCAUAUAUUUGCAUGAGUCCUACUCAAGAACGUGACGAGUCUGGGAUAUUUAGUCCACUCAGCUUGACCUCAAAUAAUCACUUUGAAUUUCCAUCACGAAAUAACACAACUAGUAACAGUCAUAAUAUUAACUCAGAUUCAGAUUCUGAGGCUGUUGAAAUAUCACCGAUGCUUAAAAGUGAAGACGAUAAUUAUUUAAAGCCGAUAAAUAUACAAGAACGUAGGGCGGAAUAUGCAAGACAGCGUCAGGCCAUGAAAAAUUCCCUUGCUAAAGAAAAAUUAAUGGAACGAGACUCGGGUUAUUGCAAUGCGCCACAAAAUUUAAAAUUAAUUGAUGAUACACAAGUUCAUUGUAAAGAUGAUACUGACAAUAGUACUAAUGGAGAUAAUAAAUUUAAUAAUAAAAAUAAUUUUAAUAAUUACAAAGAUGGAAUUAUUAGAACACAAGAUAAUUAUGUUAAUAUACCGAGUUAUAAUAAUGAACUACGAAAAGAUAUUCCUGAUAGUUUUACUAAUCCCAGUUAUGUUUUUAUGACUAAAGAUGUUGAUGAGGUUAAAGUUUGAACAAAUGAAAUUAUGUGACAGAGUAUUCUUAUGCUUAUAUGAAUUCUUUUAUGUCUGACAUUUUGUGAAGUUAAAGUCACUGUUUUGUCCCAUAUGUUUAAAAAUUUAUUAACAAUUAAAUUAAAAAGAAUGAAAGAAAUAAAUUUGAUUCAAUUAAAAUAUACGAAAAAAUUGAAAUGUAGUUUUGUAAAUGUAAAAUAUAUUUUUAAUAUCAGUUAUAAUUAUAUUUUAAAAUUUAGAAAUGGAAAUUUAAAUAUUUACGCGAUGAUCUGUCACAAAAUUGACCAUUAAAAGUAUAUAAAAUUAGUGCCAUUAAAUUCGAUAGUUUUUUUUUAAAUAAUUCAAUAUCUAAUAAUAAAAUAAAAAAUUAAUAAUUAACUGCCGUACUUAGUUAAAAUUUUUUUAACAAUGAGAUUAUUUUUUAAGAUUACUACUUAAAUUUUUGUAUCAAAGUAUUAAUGUAAAAAAAAUUACGCCGUGAAUUAACUACGUAAAAAAAAAAAUAACUAUUU